AUGGCCGCCCCCGAGGUCCACCACCUCUUCCACAACCGCAUCGCCGACCACUCCUUCUCGGCCGACCGCAAGAUCGUCGCCAUCGCGCGGGACUCGUCGGUCGAGCUGUACGGCAAGGUGGGCAACGCCUUCAAGGUCAAGGACGAGCUCAAGGGCCACGACAAGACCGUCACCAGCGUCGACAUCGCGCCCAACACCGGCCGCAUCGUGUCUUGCUCCCAAGAGAGCCACCACGCCGCAGACCGCAACGCGAUCGUCUGGGAGCCCACCCCGCAGGGCUACAAGCCCACCCUCGUCCUCCUGCGCAUCAACCGCGCGGCGACCUUUGUCCGCUGGUCGCCCUCCGAGACCAAGUUCGCCGUCGGCUCCGGCGACCGCGUCAUCGCCGUCUGCUACUUCGAGGAGGAGAACGACUGGUGGGUGUCCAAGCACCUCAAGAAGCCGAUCCGCAGCACCAUCACGACCGUCGCCUGGCACCCCAACUCGGUCCUGCUGGCGGCCGGGUCCACCGACGCCCACGCCCGCGUCUUCAGCAGCUUCAUCAAGGGCGUCGACGCGCGGCCCGAGCCGUCCGCCUGGGGCGAGCGCCUGCCCUUCAACACCGUCUGCGGCGAGUUCCUCAACAACUCGGCCGGCUGGGUCCACGCCGUCGCCUUCAGCCCCUCGGGCGACGCCCUCGCCUUCGCCGCCCACGACAGCUCCGUCACCGUCGUCUACCCCUCGGGCCCGGACCAGCCGCCCCGCGCCGUCGUCAGCGUCGCCACCCAGCUGCUGCCCUUCCAGGGCCUGCUCUGGAACGGCGAGUCCGAGAUCGUCGCCGCCGGCUACGACUGCGAGGCCUUCCGCUUCCGGGGCGGCCCCGACGGCUGGCAGCUGAGCGGCACCGUCGAGUCCAAGGGCCGGCCCGGCCUGGGCGACGCCCGCGAGGAGUCGGCGCUCAACAUGUUCCGCCAGAUGGACCUCAAGGGCAAGGCCAAGGACGACACGCAGCUCAAGACGGUCCACCAGAACACCAUCACCACCAUCCGGCCCUACGAGGAGUCUGGCUCGGGUGUGAGCAAGUUCAGCUCCAGCGGCGUUGAUGGAAGACUUGUCAUCUGGAGCAUUUAG